GGAAGAUUCUCUGGUCAGCUCUCGGGUCUCUCUGAGAUUGAGACACUGAAUCCACUCAUAUCUCUUCAGUCGUGUGUUAGUGCUCGAGCGUGCAGUUGGUAUUCACAGUGAUCUUAGCAUGUCGUAUUUCAUGAAUAUAAUUACUAGUCUUAUAAUUUCAAGUGUGUUAUUAUGCGUCAGUGCUCAGAGAUUAGACCACCAAGCAUGCCCUGAUGGAGUCAAAUAUAUUUACGUUAACCAAAAGCUCGGCUGGGUCGGUCUGGGUUGGGCUUGGACCACAGAAAAUCACAAACUGCACAAUAUAACGAUGCAAGUGGACUUCUCUACUGCAGAGCUGGCAGACACCACAUUCUUAGGGUCGCUGAAGAUUAUCAGAUUUCAAUUGAUUCGUAAUUUAGAGACACAGAAGAAGUGGAAUCUCAUUUACGAAAUCAUUUUCCCCACCCAAGAUCCAUUGCCGGAAAUCACUAAAGUGCUUCUCAAUGGCGACACUUUGUGUUCUGAUCCGGAUAAGGCUCACUCUGCUUCAAGACCAGAUUUGAUUGAAUUGCACGUGUCAUAUAACGAUUAUUUGAAGGAACAAAGCUUUACGUCCAGGCUAAUUAAGAAGCCUGAACCCACUAAAGCACCUGAAGGACCACCAUCGGUGGUAGAAAAUCAAGUAGCCAGUAGCGAAAACCUGGGCUGCGGCAAAGUGGACUUGUCAAACAUCUACGUACCUCUAGUGUUGGAAGGAACAACCAUUCAGAGAGGAACCUGGCCAUGGCUCGUCUCCGUGUACUCCUAUUCCAAGCUCAGGCUGGGCUUCAGAUGUGGAGCGACGUUGGUGUCACGGAAACUGGUAGUGACAGCAGCGCAUUGCUUCUUCGAUAUCUACAAGCGACGAGUGAAGACCGAAGACGUGAUAGUUAUCCUGGGACAGUACAAUCUUAAGCGUCCACACGACACUGGCUCCGAGAUCGUGUAUCCUGACAGCGUCAACAUCCAUCCGAACUACGGAAAGCGCAACAGCAUAGACUCGGACAUAGCCGUGGUGGUUCUGACGGAAGCCAUCCGCUUCACCACCUACAUCCGGCCAGCCUGUCUGUGGAAUGAGACAGAAUCGAAGGAGAGCAUCGUGGGCCACAAAGGGUUCAGUGCGGGUUGGGGUCGGGAUGAAAAUGGAAACUUCUUCACGGAGUUGCCAAAGCAAAUUGAGAUUCCAGUGGUCAGUGAUGAGGAAUGCUUGCGAUCCCACGAAGCUUUCCCGAAGAUCACUUCAGAAGUGACGUUCUGUGCGGGCUGGAGGAACGGCUCAGAAGGUCCUUGCAACGGGGAUUCGGGUGGGCCACUAAUCUUCGACAGGGAAGGUCGAUGGACAUUGAGAGGGGUGGUUUCGACGUCCCUCUCCACCGAUGGCAGCAACACAUGUAAUCUCAAUGAAUAUGUUGUUUUCACAGAUGUUGCGAAAUUCAGGCAAUGGAUUAUAUCCUUCUCUGAUGAAGAUUAUAAAUUCUGAAGUGAGAAAAUUGUUUAAAUUUUUAUACUAGAGUAUUUUCAAUAAAAAAAACAACAGACUCAGCUUA